GAGGGGCACUGAGGGGUGCGGGGACGUUGGGCAGCCGGGAAGGGCAGCGGAGCCCCGGAUCCGCUGUGGGACACCCGGGGGGGCCAUGCUGGGGUGGCUGCUGGCGGCGCUGGCGGCGCUGGCGCAGGGCGGCACCCUGGCAGCCCACGACUUCUCCUGUUGGAAGAAAUGCGACACCCACAAGCCUUUCUACUGCUCCUGGCCGCCCCUCGGCCCCGCCGGCAACACCUCCUACAUCCUGAACCUCUGCUUUGAGAAGUACAGCCCGUGCCACCGGUUUGAGGCGGGCACGGUGACCAGCUACAGCCUCUCGCACACCCAAGUAUACACCUUAGUUAACACCACGGCCUGGGUGGAGGCACGCUGGGGGGACCAGAUCCACAGGACCCCCAACCACACCCUUCACCUCAGCGAGGCUGUCAAACUGGUUCCACCUCCUACUGGGAUGUCCUUCUCCAAGACUGGUGGCCAGCUGAGGCUGCGGGUGCCACGGCCACAGUGCCGCAGCCUGAAGCAGCCACCACAGCACGAGGCUCGCUUCUGGAGGGUGGGAGGCAGCAGCUGGACACAGGUGACAUGUGAGACCAUGAUGGUGACAGCUAAAGAAAACUCAGUGACCUGUGCCCUGGGGGUCAAUGGCACCUUCGUGGUCCAGCUCCGGCACAAGCCUCCCCACUGGAGCAGCUACUGGAGUGACUGGAGCAGCAACAUCUCUGUUCCCGAGGAAAUCCUGAGGAGGCCGGUGCUGAGCCAUCAGCUGGGCAAACUGGGGAGAGACGGGCAGCGGGUGCUGAGGCUGAGCUGGCAGCCAGUCCUCAAGGAACAGAGGAGUGUCACCUACAAGCUGCACGUCAACAUGCUGGCGUGUGGCUGUGCAGGGUCACAUGAGGAGGACACGGUGGUGCUGCCCGGGGAGGUGACAGAGCACAACCUCACCCUCUCCGGGGCGGAAUACGAAAUCCUGCUGACCGCCGGCAACGCCGCGGGGCCGGGGCCGGCGCAGCAGCUCCGUGUGCCGGCAGAGCAGCGCGCAGGUACCGCCCCUCUAGAAACGCUGACUACCCCGAAUAUCCCCCGUUUCUUCCCAGAUCUCAGCUUCAAGGAGGUCAGCGUGGCCGGCAGCAACGUGACUGCGCAGUGGGAAGCGCCGGUGGCCGGCGAAGCCUUCUGCUUCGAACAGCAGACACUGCCAGGGCCUCCCAAACAGGGAGUCUGCAUCGGGCAGGAAUUCCCUGCCAACAGCACCCACGUGCAGGCAGGAGCGCUGGGAGCGCCGGGCUGUCACCGCCUCGCCGUGCACGGCUGGGACAUGGAGCGUGGCUGGGCCACCUUCGCCCUGUGGCACCACUACUCCAGCAACGGUGCGUAUUCGCUGGAUGUGCCCUUCAACAUCAGCACCGGGGGUGCCGCGGUUGUGCUCCAGUGGGAGCCGUCCCCACGGGCCGCCUGCCCCGGCGCGCUGGCCAAGUACCUCGUCUGCCACGUGGCCGAGGGGGACAACGUGACCUACAGUGAAGUGGAUGCCACGGCAUCAAACUACACCCUCCAAAACCUCCAGCCUGGCACAGGCUACAGGGUGGGUGUUUGGGAGGUGACAGAGGACAGCGAGAGGACCUGCAGUGCUUGGUGGCCCUUCCAGACCAAGGCACUGGGACCCCAGGGAGCACCGUGGAGAGGCAACCUGAACUACCUGGGCAUCUGGCUUGGUGUCCCUGCUGCAGCUGCCAUCUACCACCUGAGCAAAAGGAGGGCUCGCCGCCUCCUCUUCCCACCCCUUCCCAAGCCCGUGGGCACCAAAGCCAUCCAGUUCUCGGCCGGCGACAUGAGCCAGGGCCAGCCCCGGACAGGCCUCCUGGAGCCCUCGGAGAGGUUCAGCCCAGCCGAGCUGCUGCUGCCGGAGCCGAAUCCCAGCGAGGAGACGACUGACACGGGCACCCAGAGUGCGGUGCCACACCCCGACGUGUCGCAGCCCAGCCCGGCGCUGGAAAAGCCGGCGGCAGCGGUGAUGUCCCUGCCGGGCUGUGGGGAGGAGCUGCCCUUCGCCUACCGCAGGCAGGAGAUGCUGAGCCCGGUGGGAUCUCCACCCUCUGGCAGCACCAGCUGCACCGGGCACCCACCCGGAGAGGAGGAGGAGGAGGAGGAAGAGGAGGGAAGGCAGGGGCUGCACCAGCCGCUGAUGCCCAUUGCCCUGCUCAUCUCCGACAAACCCAUCAUCAUCAGGGAUGAGGAAGGAUGGGAUCCCCCGCCAUCGGCAGGCUGGAGCGGCGGGGAUGGGCACGGGGCGUCCCCUGGAGCGCGGAGUGUCUGUGUGGGACGCUGAGCGCCCAGUCCGAGGGUGGCACCGGCACUUUCAGGGGGGUUUCUGGUUUCCAGGGCGAUGCCUCUGGAUGCAGCAUUGCACCGGGACAGGUUUUGGCCAUGUAAUUUCCAGCCUCAACAUUUCACCGGCGAUAAAACCCGAGCAAAGGUGGCUGCAGAGUCUGGCCAGGACCGAAGGUAUUUUCCAUGCCUGGACUGGGAGGAGAGGCAGAACUUCAUCCCAGCCAGCUGCUACCUCUGAACCAGUAUCCUGGUGGGGACACAAAAAGCC